AUGGCUGCUCUCACUAACAACGACAAGAUUUCUUACAAAGUCUUGGUUAUUGGAGAUCCAGGUGUUGGAAAAACCUCAAUCAUCCGGAGAUUUGUUCAUAAUGUCUUCUCAUCAAACUACAAAACUACAAUCGGUGUUGACUUUGCUCUCAAAAUCCUACCCAUCGACGAGAACACUGUUGUUCAUCUUCAAAUAUGGGAUAUUUCAGCGUAA